CGAGUCCCGGCCAGUGUCUCUGCUUCCGGCUCGAAGUGCUCUCCUCACACCCGCCCUCAUCAUGUCCGAGACUGCGCCCGCCGCGCCCGCAGCUCCGGCCCCUGCCGAGAAGACCCCCGUGAAGAAGAAGGCCCGCAAGUCUGCAGGCGCCGCGAAGCGCAAGGCGUCCGGGCCCCCGGUGUCCGAGCUCAUCACCAAGGCUGUGGCCGCCUCCAAAGAGCGCAGCGGGGUCUCCCUGGCCGCGCUCAAGAAGGCGCUGGCGGCCGCCGGCUACGAUGUGGAGAAGAACAACAGCCGCAUCAAGCUGGGGCUCAAGAGCCUGGUGAGCAAGGGCACCCUGGUCCAGACCAAGGGCACCGGCGCCUCCGGCUCCUUCAAGCUCAACAAGAAGGCGGCUUCCGGGGAAGCCAAGCCCAAGCCUAAGAAGGCGGGCGCGGCCAAACCCAAGAAGUCUGCGGGUGCGGCCAAGAAGCCCAAGAAGGCUACGAGUGCCGCUACCCCGAAGAAGGGCGCUAAGAAGACCCCAAAGAAAGCGAAGAAGCCCGCGGCUGCCGCAGGAGCUAAGAAGGCAAAGAGCCCGAAGAAGGCCAAAGCAGCGAAGCCCAAGAAGGCGCCCAAGAGCCCCGCAAAGGCCAAAGCUGUGAAGCCCAAGGCGUCUAAACCCAAGGCUGCCAAACCCAAGACGGCUAAGCCAAAGAAGGCGCCCGGGAAGAAGAAAUAAAGUUCUUCGGCCAACUGCUUAGCUGAUCACAACCCAAA